AUGUCUACUCAACGAACUCCACCUGAAAGUUCAUUACUGAAGCCGAAUAUUUUAACACAAGAGUCUGAUACGGCAUCUGACUAUGUCGGCUCUGACCCUGACUGCAGAGGACAAAUAAACAUUACGCGUCGUUUUAAGCGUAAAUUUGAUGAUUCCACAUUAACUGACAUAAAAGAGAUGUUAGCAAAUGUACAGCAACAACAAAUAGCCCAAGCUUCGAAGUUAGAUACAGAAAUGAAUAAAAUGAUUAAACAAAAUACGGAUAUUAAAACUUCUAUUGAGACCAUGUCGGAUAAAUACGACGAAAUCUUGCAAGAACUUAAGCAAACGAAGGCCGAAAACACCGCGAUCAAAAAGCAAAUGAAACUAUUUGAACAAAAGAUCGAGUUGCUUGAACGAAAUGCUAAAGCGUCAACUUUGGAACUCAGAAAUAUACCAGAACAACAGUCUGAAAAUAAAUCAACACUAGUCAGCUUGGUGAAAAAUAUUGGAGAACAAAGAGAAACUGAAUACUGGCCAUCUGAAGUUAGCCGGCGAAUCUAA